AUGGCGCCGGCUCGCGUGUCAGUUAAACGGAAACGUAUAUCAGAAAGGCCAGCGGCAAAGCGGAGAAAACCCUACAGAGAGCUUUCAAGUGAGCAGGAGUCGGUCGAUCAGGAGACAUUUUACGCGGCGAGGGCGAUCAUUGACGAGAACAAGACAAAGUACCGCAUCGAUUGGGAACCUAAUUCACGCACCGGACAGGUCUAUGAACCAACGUGGGAGCCAAAAGCCUAUGUUACCAAGGACUUAGUCGAGGCCUGGAAAGAGCUGAAGAAGCAAUCCCCAAAACCCGGGAAGCGGAGCCUGGGCGCGCGUGCGCGUACAUCUUCACAGAGCAGUAGCGUCGCCCAGAGUGACACAAGCACACCGGCAGAGCCGCGUCAACCUCGUUCACGCGCACUAAGACGCGUUAUAGACAGCUCUCCAGAGGUUCCAAGGACUCGCACCAAAGUAACUACAGAAAGUCCUCUCUUCGAGCCUCCCGGUACUGCAGAACCGUCGCCCGCGCCUCUCAACCAGGAGCACAAAGUUGAAAUCUCGCAACCGACGGAUUUCGAUCCGGACGAGUACUCCAGGUACUCGUCUUCAGCCAUCCGCCCUAACGCCUCUUCGCCCCAUUCAUCACAGUUCAUCACGCCGAAGCCCACGCAGACUGUUUCUGGUAGCAACGCCACUAGCAUCUUCACUCCAAACUCCCCAACUGAUCUCUCCGCGCGUGUAAUACCUGACACCCUAGAGGUCCCCGGAUCGUCCAGCUUCGUCCUCUCCACCCAGCAAGACUCUGCGUCCAAGGCGAACGGUACCAGCCAAGUUCUUCCCAUCAGCACUAACAGCACUGAGGAAAGCCCCCUCCGGUCGACUGCCGACGAAAUCUCGGCCUUUGAGGCUUCCGCUAGGGCACCCGAUAGCGAUCCGGAGCCCUCAAGUCCGGCGCUGCCUAAUAAAGCAGUGAACCGUAUACCGGACUCUUCGUCACAGACGGCCAGCUCGGCUUCGUCGCCACCGCCGCCUGAGACGCCAGACAAAUCGCAGUCGCAGUCGCAGUCGCAGUCGCAGUCGCAGUCGCGUUCGGAGCACGUGACUGGCCAGCAGUCGCAGCAAUCGCAUCAGGAAGCCAACGACGGAGAAGCCAACGGCGGAGCCGGCUCUGCCGAGAUUGGGGAAACAGAGGCGCAGGUGCGACCAAAGCCUCCUUCGGCGUUUGAGCAGUCAGUGGAAGAAACGCAGACUGGAGCCGCAGGCCCCCCAGAACCCACAGAGUCGCAUGCAACGACUACAAAUAGUCCGACACAAGAAAGUCAACCUAAUAGCGAGGAGCCAAGGGGAUCAGUGGCCCCUACUGAUACAGAACGGCUUGAAGCUGACGCUUUACACGUUGAUCGUACUGAUCCGUUCGCGGGGAAUCCUGGUAAAGACUUCGGUCAGGGAAAGGAAACAAACUCCGGUUCUGUCCUCAGAUAUAGAGAUCCCAACCAAGUGCGCGAGCCGUCCCUGAAUUCAGUGGAGAAGCCGAUCCAGGAGCAAAUAUUUUCUAGCUCACCGCUGCCGCCAGCUCCCCCGCAAGGGCUAGAUACGUUUGCUAGUAACCCACCUCUAGUUAUGGAAACGCCGUCUGAGAUGGCGACACCUUCUAAGACGCGAUCUAGCGGGACACCCACUGGCACUCCCUCCAGUUUAGGACACAGGCUGAAGGAGAUGCGUACCCGCAUAAGGUCACAGCACGCAGCUAAAAUUCAGGCAGAGAAACACAGCAAUCUACAAGUUGAGCCUGCGCCAGCGGCCAUAAUUGCGCGAGACCUUACCAGCUCGGGGUCUGCGACUAGGUCGCCUUCAAUCGUGCCUUCUACGAACAACAUCACACGGAAUGAGAUACCGGCGGCGGCAGAACAUAUAGAGCCAGAUAGGCUGCACACGCUAGAAGAUGCAGCGGCCGAGCCUAUCUCUGUCCCUCUUGUGAUUGUUGACCCGGAGGAAUCCGGACAGCCGGAAGAUUCGACAAAUCGAGUGAUACUACGUGACCCUCCCCUCGGUUCGAUGGAGUAUAUCAUCCCGCUACCUUUGGAAGGCCCACAAGGCGAUCAGUACCGAAAAACGAUCACCUACUACAAGGAUCUUGUUGAGAGCUCGGCUCGUUUGGAGUGGACUGGAGAGGAGCCUCCCAUCAAAGAAGUGAAACAUUUUAUCACAAGGAUGCAUAAUGUCGCAACGCAUGUUGAUCUCGAGAACCAUGACGCACUUACUCAACAUGGCGUGCCGCCAGAGAACCAGGCUGAAUGGGAUCAGAGCUGCAGUGUCAAGUUCAGGUUCCUUGGUCGAUUCCUGGAUCUCAUGUGCAAGCAAGAUUUCCAUAUUGCCAUUCUUGCGAGGCAGGGAAAGGUCCUCGAUCUGAUCGAGACGUUCUUGAAAGGCAAGCAUAUCACGUAUUACCGGCCGGAUAAGGCGAGAGAAAUGGAGGUAGACAGCGCCGCUGCUUCACUUGCCGUCACGCUCCUCCCUACUAAGGGCGAAGGGUUAAUGGUAACAGCACGCCCCGCAAGUCUCCUAAUUGCAUUAGACCACACCUUGGAUUUAAGUAGCGCGCAUGUUCAAGCCUUGCGGUCCACUAAGCCGGACGGUCGUCUUUCACCUGUGGUUUCACUCGUUGUCGUGAACACAGCGGAGCAUAUCAAGCGUUGCCUCUCUCCUAAUAUUAAGGGGCUCGAUAGGCUCAGGAUUGUUGUUGACUGCAUCGCCCAGCUGAGGCUAGAAGCUGGGAAGCUGGCAGAUGACUGCCCUAGGCCUACUGCCGCAGCAGAGGAACUUGCGCGUUACAUCAUAGACAAGGAGGCAAAAUGGCCCAUUUUCGCAAUCGACAGCUUCAGACACAUGGUUGAGAUCGAUGGACCGCCUUCGCAAUUCUCGGUCCCGUCGUCAGUGCCGGCCGGCACUCAGGAGAUUUCAGGGGCUCAGAAACGGUCUAUAGUUUUCGAAGAUUCUGAGCCCACCAAGAGGAUGCGCAUGACACCCCAGCCUCCAGACUUCAUCAACGCUAACUAUCUCACCCGGAUUAGCGAUUCCGUCGCCGCCGGGCCGUCUCCUUCACAGCCAAGUCAAUCAGCGCAGAAUUCUUCUGUCAUUGCUCAGCCACCUUCAUAUCCCCGCCCCGAAGCAGCCACAUCGACAGACAUUUCCGAUCCCGAUAUCGAAAGCGACGUCCCAACUCUCCGCGCUCUCGUCCUGUCCACCCGGCACCGGGCAUCCGACCUUGAGACCGAGCUUGCGGCCCUGCAGUAUCGAUUUGAGACGCUUCGGACCGAGCAUGGCUCGCUGAAACGCGGACGAGAUGAAGCUGUCCUUGCCCUCGUUGCCGCGAACACUAAGAGUGAGACGCAGGCCGCGGCCAUCGCGGCGCUAAAAGCCGAGCGCGCCGAACUAGUCCAAAAGCUCGAGGAAGCACGAAAGCUCCUCGAAGGCUCAAGCGUGCCAGAAAUAGCACAGCUAGCCGCGCUAGAGAACUCAAAGCAAGCAGCCGAGGAGCGGGCCGCGAAAUGGGAACGCAAGUUCCUCACCCUGGAGAAGGAGCGCGACUUCUUCAGCUCAACGUACCAGACGGCCUCCCAAGCGGUCUCGGAGCUGCGCUCACAAAACAACGACCUUGAGCGCAACGUAGCCGACCUAACCAAACAGGCCAGCGGCGAAGCGGCCCGCCUGAAGCAGCUAGGCGCGGACCAGCGCGCAAAGAAGUACGAAAAGGAGGUCGAGCGACUGAAAGUCAUGGUGCGGAAUCUGGAGGAGCUGGUUAGGAAAAAGGACGAGGAUCUUAGGGCUAUGAAGGGGAGGAGCGGGUACGGAACCCGCCAGAGCAGCGUCCCGAGGAGUCCGAGCGUGAGGCCUAGUCGGGGGAGCAGGGCGAAUAGUCCGCUGGCAGGGGGUUUGGGAAGUAGGUUAGGGGCGUUGAGGGCGGAUCGAUAG